AUGCCCCGAGCGCAGCAAUCACGUAAACGUCAUUCUUCAUCGUUCAUCAAAUUCGUUGCUCGUCUUCAACAUACACUGUCAACGAAAAAUAUUAAAGCAUCAACUCCUGUUAUUCAACAGCAAUUAUCUCGGCAAUCGAAUCCUGCUCCACUACCUAAAUUUCCUUCAUUCAUAAAUUCAAAUUAUCCACGUUGUCGUUUAUCACAAAUUCUUUAUGAUCCAACACGUCAAACUGAAUAUUUAAGUGAAAUAGAAGAAAAAAGCAAUUCUGAUACAUCUGAACAAUCACUUGCUGCUGAAGAUAACGAUUCAUGUUACGAUUCGAUGAGUGAUCAUCGUCGAAGUCAUAGAUUCAAUUUGUCGCAAAUGAAUGUUAGUAUGGAUAAUGUUGUGAAUCAUCGAAAUCAACCAUUAAAAUUGAAAUUACCAAAUUCAUUGGAUACUGCACGUUUUCAUUCAACUGCUAUCCAUGAUAUGGGACACUUUUGA